AGAAGUACGUUCACUAUUCGCCUGCCACUCAUUUUUGACCCCGUCGAGUCUCCGUAGCUCGGGAGCCAACGGCGGCGCAGUUUGAGUGCGUGAACGAUAUUUCGCGGGAGAGUUGCUGAAGAAGAAGAAGAGGAGGCAGCGGCGGUUAUCUGCUGUCAACACGGAUCGACACGGAGCACGAUGAGUCUGUGGGUGGACAAGUACCGGCCGACCUCGCUCGGGAAACUCGACUUCCACAAAGAACAAGCGACUCAGCUGAGAAACCUGGUUCAAUGUGGCGACUUCCCACACCUGUUGGUGUACGGGCCGUCGGGCGCGGGGAAGAAGACCCGCAUCAUGUGUCUGCUGCGGGAGCUGUACGGCGCUGGCGUGGAGAAGCUUCGCAUAGAGCACCAGACCAUUGUGGCUCCUUCAAAGAAGAAGAUUGAGAUCAACACAAUAGCCAGCAACUAUCACUUGGAAGUCAAUGCGAGCGAUGCAGGAAACCAGGACCGUGUGGUGAUUCAAGAGCUGAUUAAAACUGUGGCUCAGUCCCAACAGAUCCAGACGAGCACCCAGAGAGAAUUCAAAGUGGUGUUGUUAACAGAGGUGGACAGACUCACGAAGGACGCCCAGCAUGCAUUGCGCCGGACUAUGGAGAAGUACAUGUCCACCUGCCGUCUCAUCCUCUGCUCCACCUCCACCUCCAGAGUCAUCGGGCCAAUUCGGAGCCGAUGUCUGGCCAUUAGAAUUCCUCUGCCGAGCACGGAAGAGGUCUGUAGUGUUUUGACAUCGGUCUGUAAAAAGGAGGGUUUGCUCCUCCCACCCGAGCUCGCCAAGAACAUCAGCGAGAAGUCGGGUCGCAACCUCCGCAAAGCUCUCCUGAUGUGCGAGGCCUGCAGAGUGCAGCAGUACCCGUUCUCGGUGGACCAGGACGUCCCGGAGACAGACUGGCAGGUUUACCUCAGAGAAACGGCUAAUGCCAUUGUCAGCCAGCAGAGCCCUCAGAGGUUGUUGGAGGUCCGAGCCAGACUGUACGAGCUGCUCACUCACUGCAUUCCUGCUGACAUCGUCAUGAAGGGUCUGGUGACGGAGUUACUGAGUAACUGCGAUGGUCAACUGAAGACGGAGGUGGCCCACAUGGCAGCGUACUACGAGCACAGGCUGCAGCUGGGCAACAAAGCCAUCUACCACCUCGAGGCCUUCACCGCCAAGUUCAUGGCCAUCUACAAGAAGUUCAUGGAAGACGGCCUGGACGCCAUGAUGUUUUGACUCUGAACGGACUGAUACUUUUCUCGUCAGGAGAACAACAAAACUCAUUUACUCUUUCCUUUUUUGCCCAAACAAGACUCUGUGGAAAGAUCUACAUGUGUUCUGUCGUACAGUUUGUGGCUUUAAUGCCCCAAAACCUCAGCACUGGUUAGUUAAUAAGCCAUUUAUCUAGUGGUGACAAAUACAUUAUCCAAACAGAAGCUUUGAUUGUGUCUUUAGCAGGCAAUGAUUCAUAUAAAGAUAGACUGCAAGGACAAGAGAUGUUUGUUUGAAAAAUCUACAUCAGAAGAUUUUCAAUAAAUUGCUUUGUUUACUACAA